GACCAGCGCAUGAACUCGAAUUUUGAGUCCGCCAUUUUGAACCUUGCAAGCCCAAAGGACGCAAAUAUCUACUUAUUUCUAGCCAACACAGACAAGGAGGGUGUUUUCAAAAAUUAUAGUGAUCGCAGCUGUAGCUCGACAUGUCAUCACAAGUAGAACAGAUGGAAAGUCACAUGCCUGAAGUCAAAAUGGAGGAACCGUUAGCGUGUGGGGAUUGUGGGUUCAGGACACCCAGCGAAGAAAUCCUACGCCAACACAAUUGCAGGAAAACCCAGACAGAAGAAAAAUUAUACAAGUGUGAUCAGUGUGAUUAUUCUGCAGAGUGGAAAAAACUCUUGAGAAAACACAAGAGAAAACACACUAAACCCUACAUGUGUGGGGAGUGUGGGUACAGGACACACUGUAAGGGUGGCCUAGUCAGACAUAUGGGAACCCAUACGGGAGAAAAAUUCAAGUGUAAUGAGUGUGAUUUUUGUACACCGGAGAAAUGUCAGUUGAACAGACAUCAAGCAAACCACGCCAUUGAGAGGAAACGCAUACAGGAGGAAACAUUAAGAUUGAGUAGGAGCCAGAACUUGCAGAAGAAGAUAGACACUAUCACUAUAGCUAUUCCCAAACAACAAAAACAAAAAGAGGAACAUUUAGUGUGUGGGGGAUGUGGGUACAGGUCGCGCUACGAAGAAGUUCUACGCAAACACUACUGCAAGAAACCACAAUACAGGUUUGAUCAUUGCGAUUAUUCUACAAUGCUGAAAAACUUUUGGGACGAACAUCAAGCAGAACACAUCAAUGGGGACAAGUUCAUUAUUUCUGAAGAGACAUUCCAUGGGAAGCUGAGAAAAACUGAUAGUACAUUACAGGUAGAACAGGGGACAAGUCAUAUGCAAGCUAAAUGCAAGAUUGUUGAUGAACCCUUAGUGUGUUCAGUAUGUGGGUAUAGUACACGCUAUGAGGAAAUCCUACGCCGACACAAUUGCAAGAAACCACCACAAGCACCACAAACACCACGAAAAAAGAGGUGGAAGAUUCCAAUGGUAUAUUGUGAUUAUCCUGUACCGCAGUUGGACAUGUACAGUCAUCAGAAGCAAAGCAAAUCACAAUUGGACCAUUGCCACAAGCAAAGCACACCACCAAAACAGACCAAGGAGAAACUCUACAUGUGUGGGAAAUCACGGAAAUCCCAAUUGGACAGACAUCAAGCAAAACACACCAAGGAGGAACCCUACUUGUGUGAGGAAACUUCUGAUGCAGAGGACGGACAUCAAGCAAUACACACCAAGGAGGAACCCUACAUGAGUGAGGAAACGUUUGAUGGGGGAUUUAGGAUGGCUGACAGUGACAGUGCAUCAUAUGUAAAACAAGAGAAACCUGAUGAUACUGUGCAUGUGUGGGAAGUGGUAGACCAGCUUGUCCUAUCAGAGACCAGAGAGUCCACAUAA